GCCGCUUCUCCCUUCUCCCCGAAACCCAAAGGUUGCGAUGGCCAGCACACCCUCUCCUCUCCUCAUGCUUGCCGCCAUGGCGGUGGUGGCGGCGACGCUUGCCGUGGCGCCAGUCUCGUCAGCGGACCUGCCAUCCGGUGUCGCAUCCAUCACGUCCAAGAUCCCAAACCCAUGGUCGGCCUUCCAGAACCUCACGGGCUGCCACUUGGGCGAGCAGCAGCAGGGCCUCGCCAAGGUCAAGGACUACCUCUCCCGCUUCGGCUACCUGCCCCCCGAGUCGUCCGGGUCGUUCAACGACGUCUUCGACGCCGACCUGGAGGAGGCCAUCAAGGUGUACCAGCGCAACUUCGGCCUGGGCAUCACGGGCGUGAUGGACGCGUCCACGGUGGCCCAGAUGAUGGCUCCGCGGUGCGGCGUCGCCGACAUCAUCAACGGCACGUCCACCAUGGGCGGCGGCAGCGCCUCGGCCUCGGCGGCGCACGCGCGCGGCCGGAACCUCUUCACCUACUUCCCGGGGUCCCCGUCGUGGCCGCGCUCCAGGAAGAGCCUGACGUACGCGGUCACGCAGACCUCGCUGACCUCCAUCGACCGCGCGACGCUGAGCCAGGUGUUGGCGCGGGCCUUCGCGCGGUGGUCGGCGGCCACGACGCUGACCUUCACGGAGACGGCGUCGGAGCGAGACGCGGACAUCACCAUCGGCUUCUACGCGGGGGACCACGGCGACGGCGAGGCGUUCGACGGGCCGCUGGGCACGCUGGCGCACGCCUUCUCGCCGACGGACGGGCGCUUCCACCUGGACGCGGCCGAGGCGUGGGACGCCAGCGGCGACGUGGCGCGCGCGGCCUCCGACGUGGCCGUCGACCUCGAGUCCGUCGCCGUGCACGAGAUCGGCCACCUCCUCGGCCUGGGCCACUCGGCCGAGCCCGCCGCCAUCAUGUUCCCCACCAUCACCUCGCGCACCAGCAAGGUGGACCUGGCCCAGGACGACGUCGCCGGCAUCCAGAACCUGUACGGCGGCAACCCCAACUUCAAGGGCGUCGCGCCGCCCGCCACCAGCAGCCGGGACAUGGACAGCGGCGCGACCACGAGCUCCCGGGGGCCGUGGACCGCCGCCGUUGCCGUGGCCGCUGGGCUCUUGGUAGCGUUGUAGUCAUCGGCAGAUUUUUUUUUUAAAAAAAAACUUUUGCUUUAGCUGAUUUUAAUUCUUGUGCGUACAUCGAUCAGUAGAUACAUUUGUAAUUUAUGUACUCCUUGUUGUUAUACAUAGAUAGACACAUGGAUUGUAUAGAAUCAAAUCCUAUUGGGUAAAAAGAAAUGGUGCGUGUGUCACU